AUGACGACCCCAAUUUUGAUUAAUCUCCUGAUUUCUUCCUUUCUUUUGGCUUUCUCAGUUAACUUUCCACUAAGCACAGCUCAAAAAUUUCCUGCUCCAGUUCUUGACACUGCUGGACAGCAGCUUCGUAGUGGUGUCAACUACUAUAUCUUGCCAGCAAAGGGCGGCAACGGUGGUGGAGUAACAUUUGCAACCGGCGUAGAUAGCCGCUGCCCAUAUGAAGUUGCGCAAGCAUCUGACAAGGGUAAUAAUGGAAUCCCAGUAAUGUUCGCACCAUUUGAUGGUGAUUCCAUAGUCCGAGUUGAUACUGAUUCAAACAUCAGGUUCAUCGAUUUCAGGCCUCCAGUAACUUGUCCUGAAUCCCAUGUAUGGACCCUUAAUAACAAUAGAACAUUUAUUCAAACUGGUGGAGUUGAAGGGAAGACGGGACCUCAGACCAUAAACAACUGGUUCAAAAUUCAGACUUAUGAAGAUGCAUACCAACUGCAAUACUGUCCUGGUACUGAUGUGUGUGGCAAUCCCUGUGGAAUUCUGCUUCUUUGUGAAAAUAUUGGUAUCCUAGUGGACAAUGGGAAGAGGGCUUUGGCACUAAAUCAACCAGCACCAUUCAAGGUUGUGUUUACCAGGGCCUAG